CCGGUCCGACCCACCCGCCUGCUGCAGGAGGGGGAUGUGAUCAGCCUUGGAGACCGACAGCUUACUGUCAUGCACAUGCCUGGUCAUUCAAGAGGCAGUAUUUGCUUACACGACAAAGACCGGAAGAUUUUGUUCAGCGGAGACGUGGUGUACGACGGAUCUAUGAUUGACUGGCUUCCCUACAGCAGAAUAAGUGACUACAUUGCAAGCUGCCAGCGCCUGAUGGAGUUAGUGGACAGAGGUCUUGUGGAGAAGGUACUGCCUGGUCACUUCAACAUAUUUGGGGCAGAAAGGCUGUAUUGUUUAGCUUCCAACUACAUUUCGCAAGCUGGGGUUUGUCACAAGGUUUCUACUUGUGCCAUGAGAUCCAUUGCAAGCAUAGCACUUCGCAUUACAAAUCCGAGAGUCACUUCUUAG